AUGGCAACGGAGAGAUGUGUCACACUGAACAGAUGGGAGAGCCUGGGCGAGAGGGAGAGAGGGAGAGAGGGAGAGAGAGAGGACUCCAUGUGCUUAGUGGUGGAGGAAAUCAUGGAGCCCAUCCCCCAGUGGAUUAUUCCUCUGACACUGCUAAGCCCCCAUACUCCCACGUCCACCAGGCCUUCAAACACAUGUGGCUCAUCAGUAAAUUCCAGGGUGACGACCUCUGACCACCCAGCUCUCGCUGAAGUGGAGACCUCAACACCUGCUCCUACUGCAUCUGUCACAGUGGAGCCUGGUCGAGCCCAGAGCCUUCCAGAAACCAGCAGCAUCUCAGCGCUGGACAUACGAAACCAACUGGCCCUGGACUCUCCUCCUCCUCUGCCGCCUCCCCCUGACAGCCCUGACCUCCCACCUCUGUCACCUCCACUCCUGCCUCCGCCUCGGCCACCAUCCAAACCAUCGUCUACCUCCAGCCCCCCUCAUCCCUCAACGCCGCCUCCCGCUGAGAGCCCCCAGCGUCCGACCACCCUUGACCUAAAGACACUGCCACGGCCCACCGUACGGGAGAAUGGCGGCCCCCCGCUCGGGGUGGAUGAGGAUGAAGAGGAGAAGAAGCUGCUGGAGGAGGAUCUGAAGAAAUGCAUUGAGGACUUCAAAAAGAUCCGCUUGCCCAGAAUGUUUCCGGAUCGCAAGAGGCACUGGCAAAGUGACUUGCUCAAGAAGUAUAAUGCAUAGAGCGCUUUGCUGUGUCAACCCAGUGUACAAACUUGAAACUUUUGAGCAGUGGACUCCAGCUUUAUAUCCACAGCAAGUUUACACCUCUAAUGUGGUAGCUUCUGCAUGUCAACAGAACAAAACUGUAGUGUUUAGGCUGAGCUAGUCCAGCAAUCACACACAUACAAGAUUGAACCACUGAGAAUUGUCUUUUUCCCAUCACAGAAAACAACUCCCCUUUAGAAACUGUCAGUGAGAUUUCUUUUGUGACACAAAAAUGUUUCCAAUCAUUUUAUUUCCACUCAGUCGAAGGAUAAUAUAUGUAAUGUCAUAAAUUAGACAUUUCUGCCCUGCUCUCUGUAACGUGUCCACUGAUCAAACAACUGGAAAAUGUGAGCUAAGUGUGAAAUUUUAGGCUUUUGACCUUGCUGAUGCAUAAUAAAAAGACAAAAAGUGAAAUACA